CACGUGCAAACGAGGACCAGAGGAGCGACCCGGAUUCUCGCCACCCCUUUUCGGGUGCAAGCGGAGGCCGAUCGACUGACCUGGGAACAGCCGGACAGGUCGAGGUGCAGCAGAUUGUGGCAGCCUUGACCCGAGCUCAGCCCUCCCGAGAGAAGAGCGAAGAGAAAGAGGAAAACAAAACACGACGACGGGCAAAGUGCAGGUUCCAGCAUGCGCGUGACCUCCUCCUUGGUCCUGGUCUCCCUGCUCCUGUUCCCGCUGCUGCUGCCGCUCGCCGAGAUGAAACAUCGGGGCAAAGGAAGAGGGGGAAGACGCAAGGGCGCCCCCGACAGGGCGAGGGGCGUCGGCCGCCGCAGCAGAUCCGACCCCCCGAAACCGGCCAACUGCUCUGAAUGGUUAGAGUCCGGGCGCGUCUUUGCGGAUUGUCAAGACCGCCGCCUCGUCGCCGUUCCCAGGCCGCAGACCUGGUCCAGGGCACCCAAGUACCUCCUCUUAGCGCGCAACAGAAUCAAGGUCCUCCGUGACGAAGCCUUCGCCGGUUACGAGAGUCUAACCAGUCUGGACCUGCAGCAAAACCACAUCUCUCUGGUGGAGGACGGGGCCUUCGAGGGUUUGACUCGACUCACGACGCUUCUGCUCCAGCACAACCGCGUGACUUCGCUGAGCGAGGAAGCCCUCAUCCCCCUGCCCAACCUCCGCUACCUGCGCCUCUACGACAAUCCGUUGAAUUGUCACUGCGACAUGGACAGCCUCGUGCAAACCCUUCAGGUCCCGAGUAACCGCAAUCUGGGAAAUCAUGCCAGGUGCGCAGAACCCCUCAGGCUGAAAGGCAAGAAGCUGAAACGGAUCGACCCCGAGCUGCUCUGCAAGAAGCCCGACCCGGAUGAAAAGCCGCAGGGCGACCAGACCGACCCCAAAGAUCCCAUGGAGCCGAGUCCCUUCCAAAACAAACCGGAUGCCAUCACAUCCUGCCACACGUAUUACUUCCCUCACGUACGCGUGGACUGCAGUAACCGAGGUCUAACGGAGGUGCCCGCCGCUAUUCCCGAGGACGCCGUCCAAAUCGAUCUCUCCCACAAUUCCAUCCGACAUCUCAAGGCCAAGAGUUUCCAAGGAGCAAAAAGUCUGAAAACGUUGAACCUCAGCCACAACAACAUGGAGCGCAUUGACACAGCUUCGUUGUUUGGGCUCCUGCACCUCCGCGAGUUGGACCUGUCGGAAAACAGCCUGCAUUUUGUCCAGUACGGGGUUCUUGAAGACCUCUACUUUCUGUCCAAGCUGAAGCUGGGGGGAAACCCCUGGGUGUGUGACUACAGCAUCCACUACAUGGUGUACUGGCUUCGGCUGCACCCGGCGGUGAGACACUCGGGCCUGAUGUGUCGCUCGCCUCCCGAGUACACGGGCGAGCGCGUGGAGGACUACGUGCGCGCCUACAACCGAGGGUGUCCCAGAGACAGGCAGCCGAGCCAGCGGGACCAAACCGAGGCGGACGAGCUGCUCUGGAACUCCCUGGAAGAGGUGCAGGGCGAGCCGGAGGAGGAAGUGGAGCCCAGCCACUUGAGACAGCCUCAGAAGUACCAGAUCAUCAGACUGUCUUGAGCCACAAAGCCUCCGCUUCUGCUUACUUUUACAUAUUGUCAAAUAGUCUGUAUCAGAUGAAGAAUCGACUUUUGUGGUGUGCAAUCCUUCCAAAAUACGCGAAUGACCUCGAAUCUUACCAAAAAAAAAAAAAAAAAAAAAAAGCAAAACAGUUUGAUACGCCACUUCGCAGGUUUAAUAGGGAUCUGUUCAUUUUCCAGUGAUGCUAGUACACAGUCGGAGGGGCGAAGGACUGGGACUGGGACCGGGACCGGGACCGGGACCGGGGCGCCUUUGCCGACGGUACCGGGUCUGCGGGCCAGCGGUCAGGGACCGCUCAUGCACAAUACUUACAAAUGUCACAAUAUUGUAGCUUCGUACACUCCAAUGUUGCAUUAAAAAAAAGAAAUAUUGAUUUAUUGGGAAAAUCUGGUUGAUAUUAAUGCUACCCCACAUUCACUUGAUAUUUAUGUUACCCCACAUUAAAGUUUGCAGUUUUAAAUUUGAACUUGAAUUUAGCCUCACUUAAUUGUUUGAAACCAGCUAAAAAGAAAAUGUUCAUUCAAGUCAAUGUUUAACCGCAACGCUCAGCCUACAAGCCGCGACUUUCUGUUACACGCUUUCAACCCUGCGGUUUAUGCGGUGAUGCGGCCAAUUUGUGCAUUUUUUUCCAACAGCUGCAAUUGGGCACUCGAGCGAAAAAAGUAGGAAUGAGACCGGUGGAAUAUAUGUGCCGAGGAAGUGACUUUUACUGGCCCUAUUAGCGCUGCGCUAGCGUUAGCGCUGUGCUAGCGUGUUGCUGCUGUGUUACUGGCAUGUCUCAGUGAUAUUUACCGGUAAGUUUUAUUUUAACCGGCCCUGUUAGUGUUAGCGCUAGCAUCAGUGCUAGCUUUAGCGCCGCACUAGCGUUAAACUCUUUCUGUGUACCGACUUUCUUUGUAAAUAUCUCAUGUUUCAAUAUGAGCACUUGCGGCUUUUACACAGCUGCGGCGUACGUAUGUACCAAUUGGUAUUUCCCGCGGUGAGGCUUGUAACCAGGUGCGCCGUGUAGGCCGGGAAUUACGGUAACAUUUUAUGAAAGGGAAGAUAUAAUAUCAAAUUUGCUUUUUAAUGGCUUGUCUAUAAAUCGUUGGACUUCUGGAGAACCUCCCAGCCAUUCAGUGUGACAUUAGACAAAGUCAAACUUUUGUGAUUUGCAGGUUUCCCAAAAUCUGCUGUAUUGCGCACGUUAACCUAUUUAAAUUAGCCCCACUCAAACUUAUUUAUUGUUAUUGAAUUUUAAUCAGACACAAAAACUCUGCAAUGAGUUUUGUUGACUGCACAGAGAAGCAUUAGCGAACGGUUAGCGUCUGAUAAGUGGCGCAUCCUCGAUUAUUGAUGGCGCACACGUGGA